AUGGUUUCGGUUGUAACAAACUCGUCAACCAAACCAGCGUCGGCAUUAAGGCCACUAAGCACCAUGGACUCGCGUCGUGCCUACAUGGAAAUGGUGACACUUGACAAGAAAUUACGGGAUUUAUUACGUGCCAAUCCACUCAACACUCAAGACGCGAAUGUCUUACGUCGUCGAUUCAUGGAUGCUGCUUUGCGUCUAGUGGACAUUCAUACAACCUUUGCAGCAUCAAAGGAAGUUGAAUUGGCACUUUGGAAACCGUGUUUCUAUCGUCGUAUUGAAGACUUUCGCCGUCGUAUUCGCAAAUACGCGGCAGCAGCACAGACGGACCGGAACGUACGCGAGCAUUUUGCACGUGUAUCAAGCGAGUUUCAGCAGUUUUUGACGGAAGCAUCAGGCUUUUACGUACACUUAAGAGAUGUAUUUGCUUCGUGGCUACAGCAAAAUCAGCUUGGAGCGGCUCCUACGAAUAGUAGCGACGCUGCGGCCUCUGACAUCGUAUGCUGUCGCCAUAGCUUACACCGUUGCUAUGUGUUUUUAGGAGACUUGGCACGAUACCGUGAACUGCACAGUCAGAAGGCUAAGAAGAAUUUUGCAGCGGCUGAGGCGCUGUACCAUCGUGCAUUGGCGGUACUACCGGAAAACGGUAAUCCGCACAAUCAAUUGGCAGUAUUGGCGACAUAUGUCGAGGCAGAGACCGUGGCAGUGUAUCACUACUGUAGGAGUCUGCUAACAUCGCAGCCUUUUACAACAGCAGAGGAAAACCUCGCAUUGCUCUUUGAGCGCAGCCGUCAGCGUCCAUUGGCUGCACCUAUUACGUUUACUACGUCGACUCCGUCUGCAAAGGAAAAGUCGGCGCUCUUGAAGAGCUACUUGCACCGACUUACGCGAAUGCAUGGCAUCUUGUUUGCUCUCUCUUCGCCUCGCGGAUCCCCCACAGCUUCGUCAGCUAGCGGUACCAGCAAUCAAAAGACGGUGCCAAUGUAUCCGCGUGAUAUGGAGGCAGUUUUGUUCAAGGAUAUGCGGACGCUUCUGCAUGCAGGUGUGGUUGGAGAUGCGUUGCUGCUGAAAGUUGUGGUUACGAACAUCUUUUGCAUCAUUCGAGCCUCGGACUCGCGCUCCCAAUUUGCACCAAUCGAGGAUGCUCUUCGUCUUUCGAUUCGUACGAUCACCUGUGUUCUGGAGUUUCUUCUGGAUAGCUUGGACAGCAAGCCGAACUCUGGUGCAAGUGAUAAAUUGUCGAACACUUCGGCACUUCGACUUUCAGGACCCGUGGCAAUCUUCUGUCGCUAUUUGGAACUGCAUCUAAAUAUGCUGGAACAACUGGAGCAGCUUUUUGUACAUUGCCCGAAGAAACUUUAUAGCGAUGUGGCAACGAAUAACCAAGGAGCAACCGCGGACCACUUUGCAUCCGUUUUCCUUGCAACUUUGGCUAAAUUUGUGAACCAUGCACGCAUUUACGAAUUGUAUGCUCCAUUGCUUUCAAGUGCUGACCAGCGUGAAGAAGACGGUCUGCCUUUUGCUGUUUGUGAACAACAGCAUCUGCUAAAGGAGAACCUUGAGCUUCGAGGAUUUGCACCGCUUGAGGAACAUGGUGCUGCUUUAACGUCGCAGUAUGAAUGGGCGCUGCAAACAUCGACCUCUGAAGCAAACGGUGCCUCACAAGUGACGCCCUUGUUGGAUGAUAAAGCAGCCAAAAUUCGUGCAUGGAGAUUGUACCACUUCGCGCAUUAUUUGUGCGACGGCUACGAGGGAAACCCGUUGCUUUUCUAUAAUGCAUCGGGACAAUUUACGACGUCACCAUUGGCCGGAAAAGGAGAUCUUCAGCAAGAAAAUGAGACGCCGAGUGCAUUGGAUUUACUGAACCUGGGAUUUUUGUCGACCGACAACGUUAAACAGCAGCAUACAGAAGUACAGGAAGCUAUUGGCAACGGUUGCCAAGCUGGCUCUGGCGUGGACGAGGACGACGAUUUUGAAGACGAGGUGAUCGUGUUUAGACCGUCGCCAGUGUUAAGAGAAAUGUCAGGAGACCACUCAAGCAAACAACUUCUUGACUAUGCAACAAGUGCGCCUUCUCCGUUGGAUGCUUUGUCUGGUGAUUGUACAUUUAGCCUCCGAGCCCCGAGUCCAAUCUCACGAGCAGACGACAAGGGCCCUGCAAGCGACGCAAGCGUUAGCAGCAAGAGUAGUGCGUUUGGCACUGGCCAUGGUUCGUUUGGUUCAUCACUUGGCUACCCUAGCUUUAACACAUUUAACGAUGGUGGUAGCUUUUCAAGUGAGACCUAUCUGACAGGGUGGGGAAACAGCAUCAAGAGCAGCGAUACUAACGGCAACGGCAGCAUACUAGGGGGAAGUCUAGGCUUUGGUUUGGGUUUGCCAUUCAGUAGCCUAAACACGGAAUUUAUGAUGCCUUCAGCCACCUCUGGAAGAAAUAAUGAUGCACAGAGCCAUGGCUUGAGCAACCGCGUUGAAGAAAGCCAAUAUUUUGCACCCAUGGCUGAUUUGGCAGCUGUAGAGCGUGAAUCGGCUCUGUACCAGCAGAGGACUUCGAGCUUGAGUGUGUUCUUAGGCACCUCUACACCAGCGAGCCAGGCUGAGGUGCAGAGCCCAUCGCCUCCACGAAUUCCAACCCGCCCACCUCCAGGUUUUGCUGCCACUUUGAUGAGAGAUGAGGAGCAGCAGCAGAAGUACACACCGAACAAGGCUUCAUGGCUAUCUGAUGGUGCCCAGAAAAGAAAAAAGACGCGACUGUUGCUGGACAACCAGACCGGCAUUGAAAGCAGCCCACGACAGCGGGAAAAGACCAAUGAGUGA